CAAAGGGAGUCCCACAGGUUGAGAACCGCUGCUUUAGGGGAACAGCAGUCCACCUAAACCAAUUCAGUGAUGUGUAUAGAACAGUCAUUUUUAUUAUCUGGAGAGAGAUUAUCUGUGUUGUAGUUUAUCCUAAUCUCAAUCUGACAGUAUCUGUGCAUUAUUUUAAAUGGACAACUUUUUGCUUGUUUACGGACAUUUCAGCUCUCAGGUUUCUCACACUAGGGGACCCGGGGAAACUAAGCUCCAUAGCAACCUAGGAGAUAGCAGAGGUGGGUGCCUGGCAGCAUGCACAAAGCAGGGACCCACGGGCCUAACUGCCUCUGCGCCUUCAGAAUUACAGCUUUUGGGUGUUGGAAAUUAAUUUACUAGGUACCACUCUUUUGAUAAAACAUAAAGCAGACUAUAAAUUCAGGUUGAAAUCCUUUUUGUAUUACUACCACUAAUAAUUUCCUGUGCCUCAUUGAGUCUCUCUUACCUUAAUCACAUUAAUGUGAAUUCUUGAAGGGUUGACACCACAUUUCUCAGCCUCAGUUUUCUGAUGAGGACUAAAGCAUGUGAUCAAAUUUCAUGUUCAUGAUUUUUGCACCACAGCCAGUGUUUGUUCAUUCAAAAGUAUUGUUAAAGCUCUUCCUUCAUCUUGAGUGCCUUUCCCCAUUAGAACCUAAGGUCUUCAUUCACUGUAUCUAUCCCUCAAUAAACCAAAAGCCAAACUCACUGCCAUCUAGUCAGUGCUGAUUCAUUGCGGCCCCCCACUGUGGGUUCCUGAGCCCAAAACAGAAGAAGCCCCAGUCUUUCACCUGUGGAGCUGCUGCUGGUUUCCAGCUGCCACCCAUGCUGAUGCAGCCCUGCCCAUACCCAUCACCAGGCCUCCAGUACCCCUCAAUAUCCAAACUUCAUUUAUAAAUCCAGAUGCUCUACACUAAGAAACACUUAGUCUCAGGAUUUAAAAGCCCUAGUCCUGAGAGUGUUAAUUCCUUACAUAAUAAGUAUAUAGUAGAACAAUACUAUUGAAACAGGGUUUUGAAAUUUAAAAAUUCUUUGAUCUGUAAAUUGCUGGUUAGCUUCUUGAUAAAUUUGCUUUUAGUACAAAGUUUAAUGGAAGAAUUGCUAAUUUAUUUAGUAUUUGGUAUUUUUUGCCAACAGGACGAAGGUAGACAAUGACUAUAAUGCUCUUCAAGAAAGACUCAGUACAUUGCCUGAUAAGUUGUCUUAUAAUAUCAUGGUACCAUUUGGCCCCUUUGCCUUCAUGCCAGGAAAACUUGUCCAUACUAAUGAAGUCACUGCUUUACUUGGGGACAACUGGUUUGCAAAGUGCUCAGCAAAGCAGGCUGUGGGCUUAGUUGAGCACAGGAGAGAACAUGUAAGAAAAACAAUAGGUGAUUUAAAAAAAGUCAUGAAAAAUUUUGAAUCCAGAGUCGAAUUCACAGAAGAUUUGCAGAAAAUGAGUGAUGGUGCAGGUGACAUUGUUGAUAUAAGAGAAGAAAUUAAAAGUGACUCUGAAUUUAAAGUAAAACAACGAAUUGCUCAUACACCUCACUCCAAGCCAAAGAGUUCAGAUAUAUUUGAAGCAAAUUUUUCAAAUGAUGUAACAUCCAAGGAUAUGCUUGCUGAUCAGGAACUCUGGGCUCGGCUUGAAGAAUUAGAGAGACAAGAAGAAUUGCUGGGUGAACUUCAUCGACCUAACACUGUGAUUGCCAAUGGGGAAGAUACAACAUCUUCUGAAGAGGAAAAGGAGGACCCAACCACCAAUCUGGAUGCAGAGCAUCAAGUCACAGACUCACUCAUGUCCGGCAAUUGUCGCAAUGACUCAGAACUUCUCAACGGUCAGGUGGAUAGUCGAAUGGAUUACUUAGUGAAUGGUUCGGAUUCUUACCACAGCAAUGAGGAGGAGGAGGAGGAGGAGGAGGAUGGUGAAAAUGAACAUGAUGCUUUAGGAGUUGGAGAUAAUUCUGUACCAACUAUAUAUUUUUCUCAUACUAUUGAACCUAAGAGGGUUCGAAUAAAUACUGGAAAAAAUACCACGUUAAAAUUCAGUGAAAAGAAGGAAGAAGCCAAACGUAAACGGAAGAACAGUUCUGGCAGUGGUCACUCUGCCCACGAGCUGCCAUCUAUCCGGACACCUGCUGACAUUUACCGAGUCUUUGUUGAUAUUGUGAAUGGCGAAUACUUUCCUCGUAAAUCAAUUCUGAAGUCUCGAAGCAGAGAGAACAGUGUUUGCAGUGACACCAGUGAAAGCAGUGCUGCGGAACUGGAGGAGAGGAGGGGACUGCUGAGGGGCCUCAGCUGUGAAGAAGCCACUUGCAGCGACAAUAGUGAGAAUAUUUUGGAAGAGGAGCAUCAAGAAGAAAACUGUCAGGAGAACCGUGUGCCCAUGCCAGGAGCACCUGAGGCUUUUUCUGGAACUGUAAUAGAAAAAGAAUUUUUAUCACCCUCCUUACCACCACACCCAGCCAUUGCUCAUCCUGUGCUCCCCACCAUUCCAGAACGAAGAGAAGUUCUGUCAGAAAUAUCAGAAGAAACUACAAAGCGUGUUUCCAAAUUCAAAGCUGCCAGAUUGCAACAGAAAAACUAGAUUCUGCCUUGGAAAUGGUAGUUUACAUCUGAAAGCCGAGUUUCCCUUUUGUUUAGACUAUAUAUAGCAAAAUAUGUUACAUGUGGCUUGAAAUAAAACAUUCUGGGUCAAUAUGGCAUCGACUUCUCUUACCCUUAUCAGUGAUAUUAAAAAAAUUUAAGUAAAUAUUUGUCUACUUUAAUAUUGAAUUUGUUUUGUUAAUUCCCUAAAUACUGUCAACACUCAUCUGAGCUUGCCUUAUGAUGUAGUGGGAGCAUUUCAGAUGAGUUUAAAAGAAUACUGUUCACAUGUAUUGUUUUUGUGUUUUGAACGAAAUACAGGCAGUUUUGUACCAGCUGUGAUGUCUUGAAUACCAUAUGGACCAUUUUAAAGAAACUUUAAAAUUUUCAGAUAGGUUCAACAAUUAUAUUUCAUUACUUGCUUUAGCAUUUUAAAUGCACUUUUAAAGAAAAUCUACCUAGUUGUAGGUUUUGCCAUUAGAUGGCUAUUUCAAAGCACCUCUUCCCUCUGAAUGUGCUAUAAACGCUUAGGCAGAAAGCGUCAUGUACCCUGUGGGAAAGUCUGUGACUGGAAGAAUGGUAUUUUGUAAAAUCUUUUUUUUUCCUUUUCCCCAAGUAAAAAUUUUAUGAACCAUGCUUUCUAAAAUCUUGUGAACUUUGAUUCAGAUUGGAAUGCAGUUUAUUUGUGUGUAUGCUCCACACACCGCCCAAUCAGUCCUUGAAUUUGUGUAAUUCAGGCAUUACUCCCCUAAUAUGUAUAGCUUUAACUGGAAACAUGUUUUAGAGGGAAGAGGUAAGAUGUCUACCAAAAAAUAAAAAUUUUAUGUCAAGAAUUCUUAAACUGUCUACAUGUCAUUCUCUUUGGUUACUUUCGUACUAGUAAAUAGCUGAAGUAAAAUAUUUACUUUUUGCCAAACUAUUUAAAAAGAAAUUUAUUCCAACAUUGGAAAUUGCACGGCAAGUGUAAUCAUUAGCUUGAUGCAUGCUAAAAUGUAGCUUUUAAAAAGCAGUCUGCAUUAGUACUAAAAUAAGCCAUCAAUGCCAGUCCACCCUCUAUUCAUGGCUAAAUAGUUAAAGGUUAUUUAUAGCUUCUUUAAUGAAUUCUUGCUUAAACAAAGUGAAAUUAUGUCCUAGAAAAGUAGAAGCUAUUUGUAACUAGAACAGCAUAACUGUAAAGUUUUUUAUGAAUAUGUAUUUUAAUAAGGGGGUGAGAUUUAAUCCUUACUGGUUAAUGGAUAAUCCAGAACAGGGGUCUGAUUUUGAGAAAUCACUUAAAAAUGGAGGUUUUUUUCCUUUAAUAAAUUUUUAUCAACUCUGCAUA